AAGUUGAGAGCUCUGCGUGCACGCGGCAAAAGGUGAAAGGUCGAGGGGCGGAGCGGAGCGGUGACGUCAAAAUGGCCGCUCUGUUGUCCUUGCUGUUCCGCGCUCGAGGAGGCCUAUUGACUUCACUUCAGCCGGUUUCCAUCUCAGCAAGGUGUGCAUCAAAAAAGUCCGGUGGGAGCUCAAAGAACCAUGGGGGGAAAAGUCCUGGCAAACGAUACGGAUUCAAAAAAAGUGAUGGUAACUUUGUUCAUGCUGGUAACAUCUUGGCGACACAGCGUCUGCUGCGCUGGCACCCAGGAGCUAACGUUGGAAUGGGCCGGAACAACACUUUGUAUGCCUUAGAAGAUGGAGUCGUUCGAUACACCAAAGAAGUCUAUGUCCCCCCGCCUCGCAGCUCGGAGGUCUUCAAGGUGAUUUGCAGAUUACCCCGAGGGGCUGUGCUGUACAAGACGUUUGUCAGUGUCAUCCCAAACCCACAGCAAGGCCACUUUAGACUGGUUGACAUGCACUAGGAGUGCGUCGAGUGGGAUCUGCGACCGAAGAACCUGCACAGUUUUGGACGAGGAUUUUGAGCAGAACGCUGGCUUUCUGACGUAGGAGGUAACCGCGUAUUUCAACGUGCUUGGAGAAUCGUGACGUCUCCAUCAAUGUCACCACAACCUCCGCAGCUUCAGCUGUACCCCGUAUGGUUGAAUCCUUCCAUGAAACGAGUAAAUCAAUAAAAGCCGUGAUGUCCCAAUGA